UCGCGCUGCCUUUUAAAGCAAACGGACACAGUAUGUCACUCCCCACUCGGCCAGAGGACGGGACACGGUGAGGAGCUACUGUGUCGCUCAUUUUAUCCCCCUCUCCUGUCGUCAUCCCCAUUGUCCUUGUCGUUUAGUUGCCUUGUCAUAGUUCGUCUCUACGGUUAGCUAGUUUCAGUCAUGUAUCGGUAUUUCGGGGAGCUGCUGAGCCGCUCUGCGGGCAGUGCCCUGGCCUCGGGGUGCGUUGAUUCCGCUCUCCCUGCUUCCUCGUCCCUGAUGAGGGUCCGUCGCUAUGCCGACGCGGCGGACAAGCCCGACGACCCCAAUUUCUUCAAGAUGGUCGAGGGCUUCUUUGACCGCGGCGUCAGCAUCGUGGAGGACAAGCUGGUGGAAGAUCUGAAGACCAGGGAGACCCCCGAGCAGAAGAGGAACCGUGUGCGGGGCAUCCUGCGCAUCAUCAAGCCAUGUAACCACGUCCUGAGCGUGUCUUUCCCCAUCAGGAGGGAUAACGGAGAGUGGGAGGUGGUGGAGGGCUACCGCGCCCAGCACAGCCAGCACAGGACACCCUGCAAAGGGGGUAUCCGUUAUAGCACAGAUGUGUCUGUGGAUGAGGUGAAAGCCCUGGCUUCUCUGAUGACCUACAAGUGUGCUGUUGUUGAUGUGCCAUUUGGGGGAGCCAAAGCUGGAGUCAAGAUCAACCCCAGGAAUUACUCUGAUAAUGAGCUGGAGAAGAUUACCAGGAGAUUCACUAUCGAGCUGGCCAAGAAGGGUUUUAUUGGACCUGGCAUCGAUGUCCCGGCCCCAGACAUGAGCACAGGAGAGAGGGAAAUGUCCUGGAUCGCCGACACAUACGCCAACACCAUUGCACACACUGACAUCAACGCCCAUGCAUGUGUGACAGGAAAGCCCAUCAGCCAGGGAGGAAUCCACGGACGUAUCUCAGCCACCGGUCGUGGAGUUUUCCACGGCAUCGAGAACUUCAUCAAUGAAGCGUCCUACAUGAGCAUGCUGGGCCUGACACCUGGAUUUCAGGACAAGACCUUCAUCAUUCAGGGCUUUGGUAAUGUGGGUCUCCACUCCAUGAGGUACCUGCACAGGUUUGGGGCCAAGUGUGUGGGCAUCGGUGAGAUUGAUGGAGCCAUCUACAACCCAGAGGGCAUCGACCCCAAACAGCUGGAGGACUACAAACUGGAACACGGCACCAUCGUGGGCUUCCCAGGAGCCAAACCCUAUGACGGAAACAUUCUGGAAGCCGACUGCCACAUCCUGAUCCCUGCCGCCGGAGAGAAGCAGCUCACACGUGUUAACGCCCCCAGGAUCAAGGCUAAGAUCAUUGCUGAGGGUGCCAACGGUCCCACCACCCCAGAUGCUGACAAAAUCUUCCUGGAGAACAACGUCAUGGUUAUUCCUGACAUGUACCUGAAUGCUGGCGGUGUGACAGUGUCUUAUUUCGAGUGGCUGAAGAAUCUCAACCACGUCAGCUACGGAAGAUUGACCUUCAAAUAUGAGAGGGACUCAAACUACCACCUGCUCAUGUCUGUGCAAGAAAGUUUAGAGAGGAAGUUUGGCAAGCAGGGGGGACCCAUCCCCAUCGUACCCACUGCGGACUUCCAGGCCAGAGUCGCUGGUGCCUCUGAGAAAGAUAUCGUUCACUCUGGGUUGGCCUACACCAUGGAGAGAUCCGCCCGGCAAAUCAUGCGCACAGCAAGCAAGUACAACCUGGGUCUGGACCUUCGGACGGCCGCCUACGUCAACGCCAUUGAGAAGGUCUUCAAAGUGUACAACGAGGCGGGGCUCACCUUCACAUAAAUGGCCGAUCACGACCCGUACCUCCUCUCCCUCCCCCUUGACCCUUCUGCUUUUGAUCACCCUCUCUUGCAUUCAUCCACCCGCAAAAUAGCCUUCAGAACAUAUCACUGUUUACCGCUGCUCUGUAGCUCUACAACAAACACGCACACACACACACACACACACACACACACACACACACACACACACACGCGCGCGCGUGCGUGCACGCACAGAGAGCGAGACUUGGCUAGCCUGGUAUUUAUCCUGUGAUCUUUGUGCUGCCAUUUUACCGUAUCUGCAUCUCUAUAAAUGUUGCCCUAGUCUUGUUUUUGCCUGAGGAUAAACUGAGAAAAAGCAGAUCGUAAGAGAGGUUGAAAAACCCUCAUAUACACCUUCAUGAUAUUAUCUGGCAGCCAUUUUUCUGAGCGCCUAUUUUGUCAUUGCUGAAUGCAUGUGACCCCCCCCCGCUGUGACUGUUUCAGUUGACAGCGCUACAGAUGCCUUAUUUCAGAGAGGUCUGCUCUAAAAGGGAGAUAGCCACCAACAUUUAACUUUAAUGAAAAGGGAUUUAGAAGUUACAUAACUUGAAUGAAUGAAAGAGAAUAGUAAUUUUAUUACACUUGAGUUUUUCCUCAUCAGGCCUGAAGGCUAAUAAGUUGCCAAGGUUUAGCAAUCCCAACAAGGAUUUCGUUUUUUCAUAGUUAAGUUUUACUGUUCAAAACUGCUCUCCCUCUUCUCAUCCCAUCCAUUUUUUGCGUGCUUUCCCAUUGCUUUACAUUAAGUAUUAGAAGCCGCUUCUCCCGAACUCCUCUGCUGGCCAAGAAAGGGGGGCAGGGAGGGCGUGAGGUGUCACUGUGACAGCCCGUCCCCAGGUUAAAUUUUCCUCAGUUUUAAUCGUCCACUUCCUCAAUAUCGAAAUUAUUUUGGAGGAAAUUACUUUUUAUUUUUAUUUUAUUCAUUUUAUGAAAACCAAUAAAUGUUGAGAAGAAGA